AUGAGCUAUUGCGGUGGGAUCGUGCCGCCGUGCCCGCGAGUUGCCAGGUGCAGGGCGUCGUGGCAUACCGUGCCCUCACGGAGCCAGAAUGCAGUUAGCACGUGCAAGCAGAAAGGCCAGAAAGUUGCUACAGCUGCAUGGUUCGUGUGGCUCGCAUCUCACUUAUACCUGCGACGAGGCCGGCCUCUGGAUGUAGCACGCCAUGCAAAGUCCUGGGGGGCAGCAUCGGUGGCAAAGCGCUUCUCAAGGCUAAGCAUGAGAGAGUCCAGCCUCAUUGAGAAUAUGAAGCACGUCUUGGUGGCCUAUUCCGUGGAAUUCGCAGCUGAGCAAGCGCGAGAUGUGCAGUUUGCCGCAGCCCUUUGGGCUGCCGAGGCAUCCACCGGGGUGGGAAAGGAUCCACGCAUCAAGUGGACGCCUUUUGCCGAAUCACUCAGCGCAGUGGUUUACCAUUGUGAUCCUGAGAGCCAGGACGUUCGGGUGGCAUUCAGCGUUGCUGUGUUUGACCGCAGCAUGCUUGACGGGUCUGUGCAAGCCACAGAUGAUGCGCAGAGGCUGCACAGUUUGGUGGUUUCUGCAGCUACGCCGCCCAAGAUGAGCGGCGGCUCGCUGCUUCGAUUAUUUCAGUCGGAGUAUUUCGAUGCCCACUUGCACAUGCACUAUCUCUUGCGCAUGGAGCAGAGUGGUGUCCAGGAUUACUUGGUGAAUGAGCUUUACAAGAUGACCGAUGAUGAUGUAGACUACUACCUGCCUCAGCUGAGCCAGGUGGCAUUGCUGCGCUACAACAAGUCAUCGCUGCAUCGAUUCCUGCUGGACAAAGCUGCCCAAUCAAUGCCCUUCGCACUAAAGAUCCACUGGCUAGUGCAAGGCAUUGUGGAGGACAAGACACCAGAGCUUUACGAAAAUGCGAUGGCCAUGCUGAAUCUUUGUGAAGCGGCAAUGGUCAACUCGUCGAGUUCUUCUCGAAAGAGGGAAGAAGAGGCGGUUAGCCCUCCACGAGUUCAACGCAUUCUGAGGUCGAGUUCUGACCCAGACUUGCAGUCCAACCGAGCCCCUCCAGAGGUAGAGGCGCCUGAAUCAAGGGGAAACUUGGCUUCGAGUUCCCGGCACAGAAGCAGGACACCAGGUGCCCCGAUGCUUUCCCGAGAGCCGCGGCAUGAAGAAAGUGUGCCUCCCACGCCCACAGAUGAAGGUGAAGGGCCAGACCAAGGGGAGGCGCGAUUCAAUCCGCCACCUCGGCAGACUUCUGCCGACAGCUCGUGGGAUGGCGAGGGCGCAGACAGUUCACCUGCGGGACUACUCUCCGAUGCUGAGGCAUUGAGAGCUGCCGCUGCGAGGCACCUUGGAGCACUAGAACAGGCUUCUACUCCAGAGGAGCGCUCUCAGGCUUUCGAGUUGCCCGCAAGCUGUCCAAAUGCCUUCGUGAGCCUGGGGCUGCCAAUAGCCACUGGCCACGAGGAGGAGGAGGGGGAGGACGACCGGGCGCGGGAAUGCUUGAUGAAAAGGCGCAGAUGCGAAUACUUCACCACGCAGAACCAGUUAGUGUCACUCAUCAUGGCACUUUCCGCAAUUCUCACAUCGUUUGCUGACAAGGCCGAGCGGAAGAACGCGUUGGCUGCAACUUUCGGGGCGGUAAAUCGCUGGCUGCUGGACCGUCGGAUAUGCAUGGCGACAAGCAGUGAAGGCCCAAUGUUUCUCCUUGGCGCGCAUUUGCCGUUGUGGAGAGAUUUGGACAGCUUGCACCAGAUUGUCCACGUUCAUGUGGACUUAUGCAAAAUCUUCAGCUCAGCGACCCGCGCGCCAUUUCUCCUGGCGUAUGAAUCAGUAAAUCUGGAUGAGGCAGAUGAUGAGGCAUCCAAUGCCCACGUGUCCCAUCAGACGCUGCUUCAUCAGCCACUGACGGCGGCCGAGCAGCAAUCUGUGGCUCAAAGGCUUUCACGAUGCUUGCUGACAGAGCUGCAUCGUGCCUCAGAUCUUCCAGACGACGAAGGUCAGAGAAGCAAGCGCCGCAAUGAGGCUGAGGAGCUUCAUAACCUCAUCAAGCAGGUGACGCCAAAUCAGUGGCGCCGAUUUGCCUGUACAAUGCCAAAGGCUCCUGCCAAAGAAGAGCCAGAUCUGCAGGAGCUGGAGCGCAAGACCAUGAGGGCAGAAGCAAGAAAGCGACGUGAAUUGGCGGCAAAAACCAGGCACUCCAUUUGGGGGGAGCCGUGGCAAGAGAAGGUGGAGCGUGUGCGGGCAGCAUCUCCGUACAGCUGCUUCAACUCCUGGCGGCUGAAUGCAGUGGUAGUGAAGGGAGGAGAUGAUCUUCGCCAAGAGUUGCUAGCUUCCCAGAUCAUUGAGCAGUUCAGCGCGAUUUUUCAGGAAGCCGGCUUGCCGCUCUGGCUGAGAGCUACGAAGGUGUUGGUCACCAGCUCAUCCAAUGGAUUUCUGGAGUUUAUCCCUGACUCUACAUCUGUGGAUGCAAUGAAGAAACUCUUUCCAGGCAAGACCCUGGCGGAGAUCUUCAAGGUGGCGUUUGCCGAUCAGCUGUUUGAUGCCAAGAAGAACUUCAUCGAAAGCUCUGCAGCGUAUUCCCUUGUUGUUUACUUUCUGCAGGUUAAAGAUCGCCACAAUGGCAACUUGAUGCUCCUUACUAGCGGGCAUGUCGUCCAUAUUGACUUUGGGUUUAUGCUGUCAAACUCUCCCGGUGGCAACAUGGCAUUCGAGAAUUCGCCCUUCAAGCUGACGCAGGAAAUCCUGGAUGUCAUGGACGGCGAGUGCUCUGAGCAGUACGAAUAUUUUCGGACGUUGCUCAUCCGGGGCUUUCUGGAAGCACGCAAGCACAUGGACCGAAUCGUCUUACAGGUGCGUAUGAUGCUUACGGGCUCCAAGAUGCCAUGCUUUCGAGAAGGAGCAGACUUUGUGCUGUCCACUCUGCAAGACAGGUUCUUCUGCAACCUGACAGAAGAAGCAUGUAUUGAGAGAGUUGUCGAGCUCAUUGACACGUCGGUCAACAAUUGGCGGACAAUUCAAUACGACAACUACCAGCGCAUUGUGAACGGGAUUCUUUAG